AUGUGCUUUGCCAAGAAGCACAACAAAAAAGUCCUGAUGAAGAUGCAGGCAAACAAUGCAAAGUCAAUGAGUGCACGUGCAGAGGCCAUUAAGGCCCUUGUGAAGCCUAAGGCCAUUAAGCCCAAGAUAUCAAAGGGCCCCAGCCCCAAACUCAGCCAUCUUCCUUUCAUCACUCAUCCCAAGCCUGGGAAACAGACUCAAAGUUACAUAGCCAAGGGUCAUAGGCUCUGCCAAUCAAUGCCCAAGGUUCAAAUCAAGGAAGAGGCCUACAGCCCAGGCUUCAGCCCCAGCUCAGGCUCCAAAAGGUGCCUGAGCUCCUGUGAAGGCCCCAUAGAAAAGGCUUCUACCAAUGUGAAGACAGAUUGA